CAUUUAUAAUUUACACUGUCCCUUGUCUGCACAAACUCUGAUUUUUUUCUCAAUUAACCAGGCGCAAAACUGAAAACCCUAGCCUAUAAUUUCUCCAUUUCUCCUUUCAAUCAUGGCUGACUCAUUUGAGGAAAUAGCCUCAUUGCCUCAGCCUUCUAAUAUCCACCAGCUUUACGCCGAGCCGCCAGCUCAGAAUCCGGCUCCGGCAGAGCCGGCUCAAGCUCAGCCUCCAGUGGCGCCGCCUCAGCCUCCAGCUCCAUCCAAGCCUGAAUGCAAGUACAAGAAUUAUUUGCAAGAAUACACUCAGAGGGAAGGCCUCCUUCUACCGUCGUAUCAUACUGUUUGGGAUGGGGCAUCACACUCCCCGAUGUUUCGGUCCACAGUGGUGGUUAACGGUGUAACUUACUCAUCACCCAAUGUCUUUCCGACUAGGAAAGCUGCUGAGAUGGAUGUUGCUGGCAUAGCCUUGCGUGGUUUGCUACAACUACAACAGGCGGAAGACUGUUCGAUAGAUAAAGAGGAGCUCACCCUUUGCAAAGCAAUCCUGAAAGAGUAUGCAGACAAGAUAAAUGUAGGCAACCCUAUUUACAAAACAGAACAAGGAGACGGGUCAUCAGCAUUUACUUCUUCUUUAACAUUUAAUGGCAAGGAAUAUGUUGGAGAAGCAGGCCGCAACAAAAAGGAGUCUCAACACUUGGCAGCACGUGCUGUUAUCAUGUCUGUUCUAGAUACUGAUGCACGCGGUGUUAUUUCUAAGAUUAUUAAGUCAAAAAGAAGGAUGGUUUUACCUGCAAAGGGUAACGUCAGUAACCCAUUUAAUGCUCAAAAUGUGGGCAACCCUGCGGGGAUACAGACAAUAUCUAAUGUUGUCUGCAGCGCCAUUAAAGAGAAUGAGCCUGUAGUUGUGAAUGAUAACAUGGUUAAAACAGCUACACAGGAGCCCUGUAUCGAAAACUCGUCCAGUGCUUUGGCAGAACCUAUUUCCCUUGUCGAGGCUAGUGCUACACUGAAUUUGGAACAACUUCUUGGUGGCUCCACAUCUUCGAAAAAAAGAAAACGCAAGAAUAAGAAAGCUGAUAAAAAUGUUGAAAGUGAUGCUCAGGUACAGGUUGCUGCAACACCAUCAAGUCAAAAUACAGCAUCUGCAGACUAUAGUGACCAAAUUUGUCCGCCCAAUAGUUGUGCAUCUCUACCAGGUUCAGACAAUGCUGUACUGUUGGAAACCUGAAUUAUCAAGUGUUCAAUGAACCCAGAAAGCUCUGGAACCUUUUUAUCAUUGUAAUUGUGGAUGUGGCUGAACUUGUGAUGUUGUUGGCACUUGCUGUAGUUUUUGUAGAUGAUGUUAUGCAGAGCUAUGAUUACCCCUUCAUAUAGCUUGUCGGUAGAGUUUAAGGAUGGUACUAUCAGUGUAGCUCUCAGAACCAUGAGUUCUUGAGGCGGUAAUUUAAAGUUGGGGAUGGUGAUUUCAAAGUUCUUAGCUUGUCACAUCAUCACAUACCUUAGUUCGACUGCAAAUAUAAAUAAACAACUUUGGUGAUAGUAGAAAUUUUGAGUUUCUGCUUGAUUUUGUGGCGAA